GUAGCUCUCUCGCAGUCUGGUGGAGCUGCACACAAGGAUUAGAGGGUUGUUGCGAGUGUCUGCUCAAAGAGUGGGAGCCAGUGGACAGAAACAGAUAAGAAAAAAUCUCCGGCAAGAGGACAGCCUUUUUUAUAUUGGAUAAGUUCUCUGAUUUCCCUUUUACAUCUCAUCCCAGUCAAGCUGAAGUGUCUUCACCUGGGGGAGGACAGAUAAACCAGUCAACUAUACAGCCUGGAUUUCCACAUGGGGAGCCAUGUGAGCCAUACCCCCCUCUGCCGCCUUCGCACAUCAGAAUUGCCCCAACAGCGUGCGCUCUGAGCCGGGGGGAGUACAACCAGGAUUCGCUGCCCUCUCCCUGGAACCUCUACUUUCAGCGCUUGCGUGCCUCAGCGGAGGGGGGGACACUUUUGUUGGGGUCUGGCUCUGAGUGGCCCCCUGGUCUGGAGGCCAGACAGCAGCACUCCAGCACCAUGGAUUACCUGCUUGGGACUGUAGUGCUGCUGUGCUUCGCGGUGCAGCCGGGAAGAGGAGUUGAGCCCAAGCACAACGUUCCCAGACUAAAGCUGUCAUUCAAGGAAAUGUUAGAAUCCAGUAACCUCAUCACCUUUAAUGGCCUGGCAAAUAGUUCGAGCUAUGACACUUUCUUAUUGGACGAGGAGCGAGGGAGGCUGCUGGUCGGGGCCGAGGACUAUAUCUUCUCGUUUGACCUUGUCAACAUAAACAGGGAACACAAACAGAUUGCGUGGCCUGCCACCCCCUCCAAGAGGGAUGAAUGCAAGUGGGCAGGGAAGGAUUCAGCAAAGGAGUGUUCUAAUUUCAUUCGGGUCCUACAACCAUAUAACCAGACCCACCUGUACAUCUGUGGUACAGGAGCCUUCCACCCCAUCUGCGCGUAUCUGGAAAUGGGGAAAAGAGCUGAGGACAACAUAUUCCGACUGGCCUCACAGUUUGAGAACGGCCGAGGGAAAAGCCCCUACGACCCCAAAAUGCUUUCAGCGUCACUCCUGCUUGAUGGAGAGCUGUACUCGGGAACAUCUGCUGAUUUCAUGGGAAGGGACUUUGCCAUUUUCCGUACCCUCGGAGAGCAUCAUCCAAUCAGGACAGAGCAGCAUGAUUCAAGAUGGCUUAAUGACCCUAGAUUCAUCGGAGUACAUUUGAUCCCUGAAAGUGACAAUCCUGAGGACGACAAGAUCUUCCUCUUUUUCAAAGAGAACGCAAUGGACGGCGAGCACACCGGGAAGGCUACGAUCGCCAGGAUAGGACAACUGUGUAAGAAUGAUAUGGGAGGUCACAGGAGCCUUGUGAACAAGUGGACUACUUUCCUGAAGGCUCGACUCAUCUGUUCAGUUCCCGGGGUCAACGGCAUUGAUACACACUUUGACGAACUGCAAGAUGUAUUUCUCAUGAGCUCCAAGGACCCAAAGAAUCCAGUUAUCUACGCCGUAUUCACCACUUCCAGUAACAUUUUUAAAGGCUCAGCAGUGUGUAUGUACAGCAUGGCUGACAUCAGGAGGGUUUUCCUGGGUCCCUAUGCCCACAGAGAUGGACCCAAUUACCAAUGGGUGCCUUUCCAAGGGAGGGUGCCCUACCCCCGCCCUGGCACUUGCCCCAGCAAAACAUUUGGGGGUUUUGACUCCACCAAGGACCUUCCCGACGACGUCAUCACCUUCGCCAGGGGUCAUCCUGCCAUGUACAACCCGGUGCACCCAAAUGGGGGACGGCCCAUCAUGGUUCGAACAGACGUGGACUACCAGUUCUCCCAGCUGGUGGUGGACAGAGUGGAAGCAGAGGAUGGGCAAUACGACGUCAUGUUCAUAGGCACAGAUAUGGGAACAGUGCUGAAAGUGGUGACGAUUCCCAGAGAAAGCUGGUAUGACCUGGAGGAGGUUGUGCUCGAGGAGAUGACUGUUUUUAGGGAGCCUACUCCCAUUACUGCUAUGGAGCUGUCCACCAAACAGCAACAGCUGUACCUCGGCUCAGCCCUGGGAGUAUCGCAGAUGUCUUUACACCGCUGUGAGGUGUAUGGGAAAGCUUGCGCCGAGUGCUGCCUGGCCAGAGACCCUUACUGUGCUUGGGAUGGCGCUGAGUGCUCCAGAUACUUUCCUACCGCCAAGAGGAGAACCAGGCGGCAGGACAUCAGAAACGGAGAUCCGCUCUCUCAGUGCUCAGACCUUCAGCAUCACGACGACAUGGACGGCUUAGGAGGCAGCGUAGAGGACAGGAGCGUGUUUGGUGUGGAAAACAGCAGCAUGUUUCUGGAGUGCAGCCCCAAGUCUCAGAGAGCGCUGGUUUACUGGCAGCUUCAGAGGCCCAACGACGAUCGCAAGCAAGAGAUUAAGAUGGAUGAUCGGGUGCUGCGCACAGACCAGGGUCUGCUGAUCCGCAGCCUGUCUCAGUCAGACACAGGAGUCUAUCACUGCCAGGCGGUGGAACACGGCUUCAUUCAGCCCCUGCUGCGUCUCAAUCUGCAGGUCAUCCCCACCCAGAGGCUGGGGGACAUUCUGCCUGGGAUGCCGGGGCCAGGCGGCGGUGCAGGUAAUUCAGCCAAGCACAGGGUGUGGUACAGAGACUUCCUGUCUCUGUUGGACCACCCGGAGCUGAACAGCGUGGAGGAAUUCUGCGACAGGGUUUGGAAGAAAGAGCGCAAACAGAAGAAGGUUAAGGCUCCCAACAGCAAAUCUGGCAGUGCUUCAAACUCUGCGUUACGGCCCAACGCUGGGGCCCCCACUGCUCAAAAGCAGCAGGCAGGUCCGCCGCACAGCAAGCCGUGGCGUCCGGCUGGAGAGCCGGUGGGCGAGGUGCCAACCCGGGGCCAGAAUACCCAGAAAGGUCAACCAAGUCUGGAUACGGCCAGUAAAAGCACCCAGAAAACACAGAAUGGAGCGAAGGUGCAGGGCGGCCUGGGCGGUUCACAGGUCGCAGGCGGGGCUCGGGUGAGCAGCCAGCACGCGGCAAAGUGGAGGCGGAUGCAGGAAAACAAGAAGGGACGCAACAGGAGGACCCAUGAGCUUCAAAGACCCCCACGUAGCGUUUGAGAAUGCUCACAUUCAAGAAGAUCUACACACAAGCAAGCACAAAGCCAUGCAUCCGCAUCAGCACAUACUGUAGGUUGUUAAUUCAGAACAACGAAGAAAAAAACAUCCAGCACAUUUUUUUUUUAGGAUAAAAUACAUGAACUGCAUCCCUGUAACGAAAACAAGACAAAUGGACAGAACCUGUGAAAAAGAUGAGCAGAGGAUCGAAAACCAGGAAUGCAUUCUGUAAAUUUGUGGGAAUAUGUCUGAUUGCUUGGGAUACAUUCUGGCGGACACUUUCAACCUCCUGUACAUAAGCUACAAAGAUAAGACUGGGAGUGAAAAAUGUUAAAGUCAGGCGUUUGUCUGACUCGCAGUGCUGACGGGACAGCAGCAGAGACGACGAUAAAUCCGCAGACACGCGGAAGCAGGAAGGAUUAAUUCACUGCAAACUGCUUCUGCGUGAACUAAUACAUGGGAAAUGGUCGGAAAACUCCCGUUCGGAAGAACCUUUUGAGGGGAAGAGAAGAGCAACGACAGCGCCCUUCAGAGCAAGAAAAAGAAGGGUUCAACUCGACGUGUGCACGGCUUGCACCAGUAUUUCUCAAAGAAAAAACAAAGGAUACAUGCAACGUUAUACCACUGUGCAGACCAGGUUCUCCAUCAUAACCAAUUCUUGUGAGGCUGGGAAAGCAUUGUGCAUGUUGUUGUCAAUCAAUAUUUUAAUAAGCUAUUUUCUUUACUCCUUACCUUUUAAGAGUCUGAAUUUACUAUUAUGUUUGCUUCCUUUUACAAUGUCUGCUCAGUUUAGCAGUACAAGUACUCCAGACGGGAUACAGUUCCUUGCAAAAAAAAUUCUCAUAUCAAAUGUUUUACAGCCGCAAAUUAUUUUAAAUCAUGGUAUAUUUUCUGGAGUUUUAUGUCGUAGUACAGCAUAACGUUGUAGUGUGAGGUGGAAAGAAAUGGAUACAUGGCUUUCCCAAGUUUCUCCAAAUAAAAGUCUGUGUACUUAGUUGAAAUUACUUUGCUGCAAUCACAGCUCUAGAUAUGUGCUCAGACAGGUUCAAUUGGGUUUUGGGCAUAUAUUUCCAGGUCUUGCCACAUUUCCUCGUUUGGAUUCACCUCAGGAGUUUGACUAGGCCAUUUUUACCACAUGCAUGUGGCCUUCAUUACCUCCAUCCAUUUUUUCGAUAAAGGCUUCCCCGUCGCCGUUGAAGAAAAGCAUUUCCACAUGAUGACGCUGUCACUACCACUGUGGGCACGGUGUGAUCAGAGCCAAUCUUUUGCAUGUUGACGGAGCCCCCCUUGUGGCCUGUGGCAAACUGCAGAGCCUCUCUUUUAUCAAGCCCAGCUUUCAAGAGUGCAUGAAUAAAAGAUGUCAAGUCGACAGAUUUUUUUUCAAAAAAAUUAAAAUGAGGUCUAGAUGUGAACGGAGCCUCCAGAGUUGCCAUUGGCUCUGCUUUUUUGAUCGAUGCUCGACCACUCUGUCGGUUUAGGUGGACUUCUGCACAACUUUCCCCCUGACCUGUCUGCCGUGCUCCUUGGUCAUCAUGGCGCCGUUUGGUCACUGAUGUUCACUAACAAACCUCCUCAGAGCAGCUGUAUUUAUACAGAGAAUAUAGUACACACGGGUUUGUACGGAUUUCAUUGAUUAGGUGACUUCUACGGGGAAGGUUGCUGCACUCAAUUCUGUGUAAGGGUAUCGUAACGUAAAAUGGGGCUGAAUAAAAAUGCACACCCCACUUUUCAGACUUUUCUUUGUGAAAAAACGCUGGAAAACCUUGUAUCCUUUUCUUUCAACUUCACAAUCAUCCAUUGCUUUGUUUUAAUCGCACAAAGUCCCCACAGUGAUACGUUGACAUUUGUGGUUGUAACAUGGGAAAAAAGAAAUGUGACAAAGUUUCUGUAUUCUAUUUGCAAGGCACUGUCCUAUACUUUAUGUGCAUAAUCCCACCUGCCCCUAAAGUUCACGAUUAACUUAUGAUGUUAAUACUUUUUUUUUUUUUGUUAUUAAUAAAAACUGGGACAACAAUCUAAAGUUCAAAGCUAUGCUAAAAACCCAGUCUGAAUCGCUUUGUGUACAUAUAUAUACAUCAACCUUAACUUUCUGUGUAUAUACAGUAGAAAUACAGUACAAGAGCGCCACUUAAUUAUUAUUUAUUGUUAUUUUUUUUUUGUGAAAGGGUUAGAUUUAUUUUUUAUAUUAUGAUAUUUUUUGCUCAUCUGUGCAUUGACGAAAUGAUGGCAGCAAAACAAAAUCUAAUUACUGGACCAACUGGCUAAAGUUUCUGUGUUUUUUUUUUUUUUUUCUUGUUUUUUUUUUAAGAGCGGCCCUUUUUUGGGAGGAUAAAAGUGUUCGUUAAGUUUAGCACGACGACUACUUUUUGUGGACUCAUUAAUCGCCCUUUUGACAACGAUAAGCACAAUUUUUAUCUCUUUUGCCUUUCAUCGUGUCCUCUUUCUCUCUCGACCCAUCCACCAUGUCCUCAUUUCACCUAGUAGCUGUUUAUGUGUAAGAUAAUUCUCCGAACUGAAAAAAAAAAAAUCGAAAACAUUAGCUGUGAAUCUCUGUAACAAAUAGUGCAGAAUAUUGUUAAACCUAGUCUGAGGAGAAGACACGUUAUACUGCAUGUGAAUGCUACCUUACAGUAAGUGCAUCUUUUUCUAAUGUCUUUUUACGUGUUUUGUGUGAGAGGUAAAAAUCCCCUUGAACAGUUUUGUCUUUUUUGCCAAAACAGUGAUAUGAAUAGCAAACACUCUGGCCAAAGCCGCUGAGGGUCUUUUCCCCCCGAAUCUUUGAUCGAAGGUGGCACCUACUGUGCCCCACUCCUCGAACUUGACAAAAGCGUCGAUACAACAGAUUAGAGCAGAUAAUGUUCCACAUAAAAACACUCAGAAGUUUGUCUCUCCUUGAGAUUUUAGACAUAUGAGAGAGUAGAGAGUUACCGCUGCUGUGACACAAUUCUUUCUGGCAUGCAUUCAGUUGUCUAAAUAAACAUCUCCCUUACCAAAAA